CCCGCCCGUCGCCGCCCGCAGACACGCCCUCUAUGCAAACUACCGCCCCGGCCAAUCAGCUCCUGGGGGCGGGGCCUCCCACUCUGAAGGCACCUGUGGCCGCCGGGGCGCUCGGAGCUCUGUGCCGCUGCCGCCGGGUCGGUGCGCGAGCGUCCGAGGGUCCAGGUGGAGCAGACCAAGGUCACUCCACCCAGCCAGGGACAAUGGGGAGGAAAAAAAUCCAGAUCUCCCGCAUUCUGGACCAAAGGAACCGGCAGGUGACAUUUACCAAGCGGAAGUUCGGGCUGAUGAAGAAGGCCUAUGAACUGAGUGUGCUCUGCGACUGUGAGAUCGCCCUCAUCAUCUUCAACAGCGCCAACCGCCUCUUCCAGUAUGCCAGCACGGACAUGGACCGUGUGCUCCUGAAAUACACGGAGUACAGUGAGCCCCACGAGAGCCGCACCAACACCGACAUCCUCGAGACACUGAAGCGGAGGGGUGUGGGCCUCGAUGGGCCAGAGCUGGAGCCAGAUGAGGGGCUUGAGGGGCCAGGAGAGAAGCUACGGAGGCUGGCAGGUGACGGGGGUGACCCAGCCUUGCCGCGACCCCGGCUCUAUCCAGCAGUCCCCACUAUGCCCAGCCCCGACAUGGUAUAUGGGGCUCUGCCCCCACCAAGCUGCGACCCCAGUGGGCUUGGGGAGGCCGUGCCUGCCCAGAGCCGCCCAUCCCCAUUCCGACCAGCAGCCCCCAAAGCUGGGCCCCCAGGCCUGGCACACCCUCUCUUCUCACCGAGCCACCUCGCCAGCAAGACACCACCUCCCCUGUACCUGGCAGCAGAUGGGCGGAGGCCAGACCUCCCUGGUGGCCUGACUGGGGCCCGAGGGGGACUGAGCACCUCGAGAGGCCUGUAUGGUAGCCUGCAGAGCCCAUGCUCCACUGCCACCCCAGGACCUCCACUGGGGAGCUUCCCCUUCCUCCCUGCAGGCCCCCCAGAAUAUGGCCUUGGAGACCCCCCUCCGCCCCCGGGCUUGCUGCAGCCCCCUACCCUGGCCCCCUGGCAGCCCUCCAGGGGGGAUGGUCCCCCGGCCGCCCCCGCCCAGCCCAGGUAAGUGCCCGGACUGCCUUCCGGCC